AUGAUAAUAAAUUUACCUGAUAUUUCACCCGAUAUAUUCAACAAUAUAUUAAACGGUAAAAUGAAUUAUUACAAAGAUUCAUUGGAUGAUGUCUAUAGUUGUUUAAAAAGAAUAAAAGCAGCUGAUGAAUUAGCUUUAGACGAUUAUUUACAACACGAACAAAAUUUUUUGAUAAAUUAUAGAUCAGAAUGGAUACGACUAAAUUUCAUUAAAGUCUACGAGCUUACUUUAGAAUUACCAGCUUUAACAAUUUUAAAAAAUUUUUUAUUAAGCUUAUUAUGUUAUCAACCAAAAUUAAUGUUUAAUAGUGCUAGCUACAUAAAAUAUUUGGAUCGGGAUGAAGAUUACAAACGAAAAGUUAAACCUUUUGAAAACUUGUUUUUAACCAAUAACAAUUCAAGGCAUUCGUUGAAAUUGGAUGAACUACGUAAGAUCUAUGACAACCCAAUACCAAUACCAUUCUAUUUUAAACUAUUAAUACGUGGUAGUAGAGAUGGCUUUUCAUCUGAGAUAUUUCAUAAAUGGUGUGACGAUUAUGGUGCGCCAACAUUGAUAAUUAUCAAAUUAAAGAAUUCUUUACAGAUAAUAGGCGGGUUCAAUUAUUCCAGCUGGAAAUCACCUUUUUUGAUCUUUUCAACAUUUCAACAUGACAGACAUGCAUUUAUAUUUUCGCUAUGCAACACAUAUGGGAACAAGGAUAAUUUUAAAUUGGCCAGGCCGAAAAGAACUUUGAUUAAUGAUGGUUGGAAAGCAUUGAAGUUCAGUAGAUAUGCCGGUCCUUGUUUUGGUAAAAGUGAUUUACAACUAAGAAGCAAUAAGACUUGUUAUUGUAAGCAACAUGAUUAUGAUGAUUCUAUCACUGAUAAAUUUGGUGUUUUUGAAAUCGAUGAUUAUGAAGUAUUCAGGGUUGGUUUUAGCUAA